AUGGCGGAUUCAGGAGUGUUUCCUGGAUAUAACCAGGUUUUGGAGUUUGUGAAAACUUCAUUGGCAAAAGUCAUAAGGAGCUCAGACAAGGUACCGCAGCAUGUAGCAUUUAUCAUGGAUGGAAACCGUAGGUUUGCCAAGAAACAUAACAUGGAGUUAAACGAGGGUCACAAUGCUGGGUUUGAGAGUAUGUGCAGAGUAUUAGAAUUAUGUUACGAGAGUGGAAUGAAAGUAGCUACUGUAUUUGCAUUUUCAAUAGAGAAUUUCAAACGAAGUCCAUUGGAAGUGAAUUGGCUAAUGGAGCUGGCCAAAGACAAAAUAAAGCAGAUAGCACAGCAUGGCGAAUUAGCAGAACAAUAUGGUAUUAAGGUGCGAGUCAUUGGUGACCGGUCAUUAUUACCACCUGACGUUUUAAAAGAAGUCGAAUUAGCGGAGGAAGUUACCAAAAAUAAUAAAAGGGCUGUUUUAAAUAUAUGUUUCCCUUAUACCGGCAGAGAAGAGAUAGUGCAUUCGAUAAAAGAGAUAAUGGAGGAGACUGCAGAGGGGAUUAUUGAUUAUAGAGAAAUCAGUGAAAAGACAAUAGAAGAUCAUUUGUACACUAAGGGACAACCACCGGUAGAACUUUUGAUAAGGACAAGUGGUGUUACAAGACUCAGUGACUUUUUACUCUGGCAACUCAGCAGCAAAGGCUGCACUGUUGAGCUAGUGGACUGUCUCUGGCCAGAGUUUACACCGUUUAGUAUGUUGAAAAUACUAUUAAAAUUUGCAUUCAAAAAGACCUUCUCUCCUUCUAAUGAUGAAGACGACGAAUUAAAGAAGAAAACGACAUGA